AUGCGCACGAGAAUCAAGGAAGAGAUUUGCCCAGUAGAAGGAGACAGUGUCGAAAAUGAGGCUUCGAAUGAAUGUGUGGAAAACGAAUCGCCACGAAAGGGCCAAAAAACGAACCAACUAGCGAAUGUGAAGUGCCUCGAAUGUCACUGUGUCGGAACAGUGAUGAAAACAGUCGAUGGAAUCGUCCUUUCUCCGAAUAAAGUGAAAAAGACUUUGAUCGAUCUCGGUGGAGGAUUUUUCAUGCCGAACUUAAAAAAAAUGAUGCCGGUGGAGAAGGUGAAACUUGCAAAUCAAAAGGCGAAAGAAUUCAUGGAGGGUUUUAAUGUAGCCGUGGAAAAGAGUGAAGACAAUGGACCCUCCAAGGGAUUUUUCAAAAAGAUCAGAGAGAGGUUCACUAGAGGCAUACGAAUGGCAGAACGUGAGAAGAAAGUAAGGCUUGCCGAUAUGCUGGAGCGAGAAAAGAAAAAAACUCCGGCGAGAGAUGCUCCCGAUCAGUUCAGGGGAAUCUUCUCUGACGAGUUCGAAGAGAACCAUUUUUGGCGAUCGAAAAAACGUUUUUCUCUUCAGUAA